GCAAUUAAGGGACGACACACGGCCGGUGUGGGGUGUACAGAAGAACAGACCCAGCGUCCUAGCAUUGUAGUCUUGGCACUUGGCUACUUGCUAGACACCGGGAAUAAUGCGCGGGAUUCUAUCAGCUGUGCGCCAAGGCGACAGAAGAGAAAGGGAAUUUGCCAACCCUAAAAAGGGCUCCUCAAAAAGUCCGGUUGUUCGGUGCCGGGCUUGCCAGAGACGAUGACUCGUGUUGGCGAACCCCCCCUCCCCAUUCUUUUUGUUCGGAGAUGGGAGCAACCCAGAUUUUGCAAGAUUACCUCGCUGUAGUGAGUUGUUCUUAUUUGACUGACACGCCUCGGUCUCAAUUUCUGCCGCCGGGCCGAGAGAGGACAAGGACUAAACCGCACGGCAUGAUUAAUACUACUAGCACCAGCAAGCCUCCGACGGGAUGGGCGGCAUCGGCUUGUCAGAAAUGGUCAUUUGGCCAGCAACACAAGAGCGGGAGACGAUGUCGAGAAGUGCAGAGCCACGAGUUCCGAGCCCGAGCCCGCGUACGUGGACAGCCCAGAGUUGUUGUUUUCGCAUCAUCAUCGUCAUCAACACAGCCACGCAUUCACGCGUUCUUCCUCAUUCUCAUUGCACAAGAAGGGAAUAAGGAAAAAAGAAGAAGAAAAGAACCACCACCACCACAGUAUUCACCAAACGCUAUGUCCUCGUGCAUAAUCAGCGCCGCGCCGCUACGGGACUGGCGGUAUAAUAAGCCUGCCGCCACUGACUACAUAGCGCCAAUUCGCGACAAGGAUUCCCUGCUCGUUUGCCGUUUACUGUAGCAAUCUUUUAGGAAUCGUCCUGUUCCUUCAAUUCCUGCUGCGGACACCCCCUCCCCUUUUUUUUUUCCCUUAUUUCCCCUUCUAUUCUCUUUUCUCCCCGGUGCCG